CACGAACUCGCCCGGUGCUCCCACUCACUGUGCAGCUCCUGCAUCCAACGUGCACGCACACGCACACGAGUGGCGAGCUCUCUGUCUUUUCAUUCAUCCCACUGAAGACUGCGCACAGCAUCAUCAUCAUCAUCAUCAUCAUCACCAUCACCAUCAUUUGCCUCCUCCUCUUCCUCUUCCCUCUUUAGUGCUGGGAUAUCUUCCCAGUCCCUUCUCUCCCCCGUCCACGGAGCGUGUCCUAGCAGCGGAUUAUGUCCACGGUGCUGCGCUUCUUGCCUCCGCGCCACACGGCAGAGAGGAGCCGCUAGAGGACACGCGUCGCUACCGUGCAACAAGAGGCGUGUGUAGUGUGUGUGUAACUGAUACCGAGGAGGAGGAGGACUGAGAAGGAACAAUAAAAGUAUUUUGGAGCGGUUAAUCCGGGACAGAGUUGACGGAUUGUACGGUGCAGCUGCAAGAUUGAAGACAUUCGGCUGGCGAAUGGUUGUCGGUUUUGAAGAGACGAGUCACCUCUGCAAGCAACGAAGCAGAACUACGUUCUUCAUCACAGGAAUCUGACCAGAACUGGACUUAGGAGACCAAGUGGGGGUCUCCAAUGAAGAUGAAGUCUGCGGGCAUCGUGGAUGGAGGCUUGUUCACAGAGAGUUAUUGCAACAUCUGCAAUGCCCAGCUCAUCUCUGAGUCCCAGCGCACGGCACACUAUGAGAGUAAGAAACACGCCAACAAGGUGCGUCUGUUUUACAUGCUUCACCCGGAAGAUGGAGGACCACCUUCAAAAAGACUAAGGCCCGAUAACCCGGACUGUGCAGAGACAGAGGUGGACAAGAACAAGUGCUGUACCUUGUGUAACAUGUUCUUCACCUCAGCCAUUGUGGCCCAGUCCCACUACCAGGGCAAAACCCAUGCCAAGAGAGUCCGCCUGGUGCUGGGCGAGCAACCAAGCAUCCCCACAGCCUUGACCAUGCAGCCUACAAACGCAGAUUCCUCCCCUUCAACCCCACUGCCCACAGACCCAACGGCGUGCCCUCCUCCUCCCUCGGCCCUGCCCUGGCCCGUGGCGGUGGUCAGCGGGAACGGCGGGAGAGAAGCCGGUAAAUACUGCUGCCUCUGCGGCGCCUGGUUCAACAACCCGCUGAUGGCCCAGCAGCACUACGAGGGCAAGAAGCACCGCAGGAACGCCGCCCGAGCACGGCUGGUGGAGCAGCUUGCGGGAAGCCUGGAUGCCACGGAGAGCACAGGGCUGCGGAGUAGUUAUUCCUGCAGCGUCUGCAGCGUGGUCCUCAACUCCAUCGAGCAGUACCAUGCACACCUCCAGGGCUCUAAACAUCAGAACAACCUGAAGCAACACCAGCAAUGAGCCACAAACAGAAAGAGAUGGCGUUAGCCAAGACUUCACAAAUCCUGCCAUAUGUCACAAACUGAAGAGUAUAUACGUGGAUGUUUGUCUGUACAGGACACGCACCCGAUGUGUGGGUUAUUUUAAAGGUAAACAUUUAUUUCUGUGACCUGAAAAAUAUAUCUCUUGAGAUUUAUUUAGCACCAAAGUGUUGGACGAUGAUUUGACGGCCAUCAGAGAUCAAUUUGGUAUGGGCUGCCGAAACCCAGACCUGGAUUUAAGUGUCGGUGUGAUGCCCCAAAUGUUUCAGGUUAAGCCCAAUCGUAUUCAUACGCUGGCAAAAUUUUAAGUUCAACUGAAUUUCUAUUUGGUGAAUUGGGUGUCUUCUGGAAGACGAUGUUAUGUUAACACAUAUUAAUAGAGUAAUAUCCAGUAAUCCCUCGCUAUAUUGUUAUUAUUAUUUCAAAUAAUAAUUAAUAAAUCACUGUUUCACUGUUUCGUGGUUGACUAUGGCCUAUUAUUGCCAAAAAAAUAUUGAAAGACAAGUUAUAUGUAGUUUUGUGGUCACUAAUGUCACUGAUGUUAUGAGACAUGACGUUAGAUUACAUUACCUUUCACACUGCAUGGAAACUGGCUGCUGAGCUAGCAGAGCUACCCUGGUUGAGAUUGAGUGAAAAAAAGGUUUUCCUCUCAUUCUGCCUGCAAGUGGUAAGUUUCUGUCCUCCUUAACCACACUGUUUUGUUUGAAACGCAUUCUUCCGUUUAGAAAACGGAACUUGGAGAGGCUAACUAGUUAGCUCGCUAGCCUGCUGUGCUAGCGGCGGCCGUCUGUUAUGUCCCUGUAGUGAUCCCGUAGCCUGAUCAAUGUGCUGUAAACAAUAAUAGGCGUGUAAAAGUGACUAUUGGAGUGUCAUUUCAUGUCGACGGGGUUCUAAUGAUGUUUCAAUCCGUAUUUAGAAAGACAUUAAGAGGUUUUUGUAUGCUCUAACUAUGAAACUAUUCCAUUUAUCGACAUUGACUCACAUAUCACAGAAAUUCAUUUAGUGCUGUCGGGUCUAGAAACAGUUAACUGCGACGAACGGGAGAUUGACCAAUUUACCCCUCUGAAUAUAAUAUAAAUUGAUAUUGAUGUCAAAUGGCCAGGGUAUGAAUCCUUUUGGGCUUACCUGUUUGUUACCGUGUUCCUCAUUGAACAACGUUACUACUCAAGGACAAGAAAACGCCCUACGACUUCAGAUUUGCAUGAAUUUCUACAACUGGAGAUAUUUUUUGGCUUGAACGUCUGAAUCCCGAGGAUGAAUGCGACCCCAGUGAUUGAAGGGCCGCCAAGGAACCAUUUUUUGAGAUGAUUCUACCCAAUCCAAUGCUGGUGUGGCAUGAAUUUGUGACAGCAGACUAAAAGCAGCACAAAGACCUUUAAACUCCCGUUUUGGAUGUGUGACGCUUGUUUGUGUUGAAAGUGUUGAAACACAUUCCUUACAGAACUGAAUAAUGAUGUCAGAAGCAGACCAGAGGCCCAAAAAAACCCACCCCUGGUCUGUUAAAAGGGCAACGUGUAGAUGACUUAUUUUUUUUGUUGCUAGAGCCAGAGGAAAAACAUCACUUGCAAAAGUAUGUAGCAGUCAAUGUGCAAUGAUACUGUAACUAAAUGCAUGUAAACCGUGGCAUUCAAUUGCGUUUUUUUUCCUUCUUCUUCUUCUUUUUAAUUGAUUGCUUGCACAUUUUGGCAAUAGCGUUGCUCUCUCUUGUUAGCUUUGUAACGCAUCAAUGCUCACGCCUCAACAACUUUUAGUACACUUCUUUUGAUACCCAGUCAACAUUGUGUAAGUCCUCUUAUCACAGUGUCGGUAAAGUGAAGUUCAACAAUGGUCCGUAGCACUUUAACUUGAUAAAACACACAUUUUACUUGCGCUAUUGCCGAGAUCUCACCGAUUGGCAUUUGUCAUUAUUCUGAGUGAAGGACUGAAAAACAAAGCACUACAAUAAGCUAUUGUGUUCUUUCUUUUUUUGGAUGAGAUCUGUUUCAACGCUAAUAGUUCAAGCAAUGUUUUUUAUUUGUGCAUCGUGUGAGAGUGGACUUCAAAUGACCUACUGUAAUUAGAAAUAGUUUUUCUCUGUGCGGAUGCGUUCCGAGUAACGGCUGUGUUGAAGUGAAUUAGUACAAGGAAGCCAAACUUUUUGUUUAUGUCAGUAAGCAGUAGCUGCAAGUCGUGUAUUGAGGAUUACAAGAGUUUUGUAUUCAUACUGUUUAUCUGCACUAAGCCACAGGGUGACGAGGGAAAUGUGUUCAUAUUAUUGAGUAUUAAUAAUAAAUAUACGGACAAUGAUAUGAAAAUGGAGUCUUUUCAGUGUGUGAUGCCAUUCGAAAUGAACGCGGAUGAUCGUCAUCAUUGAUCCGCCUCUGCACUAAUGCAAACAUAGUGUCAAGUUCUCCGAAAACAACAGCAAGC